AUGGAGGAAAUCAACAACAAAUGGCUGUCGGAUUUGGAAAUGGACGAGUACAAUUUUUUUCCGGAAGAAUGCAACAUGAAUUUCCUAGAUGUUGAUGAUAAACUAGAGUUUGUUUCACAUGACAUAGAUACUGUCUUUCAAGAACAAAACCAACAAAAAUGUUUGAAUUCAGAGUCCACUCUCAACAACUCAUUCACUGAUGAAACUGAUUUUGAGUCAUUUGACUUUGGUUUUGAGAAACCAACCAUGGAUCACAAUGAAAACAUCACAGCAGAAACCAUGUCACUGAAACUAUCUCCAUCAUCUUCUAUCUCUUCUUUUCAGUCUCAGAUUCUCUCUUUUGAAAACCUCCCAAAUUCACCUGCUACCAACACCCCCCAUUUUUAUGAAUUUGACCCUACUAGUACUACCUUAAACUCAAAACCGAACGAAACACGGUCAGUUUCACUAUCAUCACUACCCCAGUUGGGAAACACUCAUGUUUCAACUCAAACUCCAAAAGGGCCAUCAAAAAAUCAAAACUUGGAAACAAAAACCUCACAACCAAAGAGAUCUCGAGCUAACGCUGAGGAUCAUAUCAUGGCCGAGAGAAAACGAAGAGAGGUACUCAGCCAGAGUUUCAUUGCUCUUGCAGCUCUUGUUCCUAACCUAAAAAAGAUGGACAAAGCUUCUGUAUUAGCCGAGUCUAUUAAAUACGUGAAAGAGCUUAAAGAGCGUUUGGAAAUUUUGGAAGAACAUAACAAGAAAACAAAAGCAGACUCGGUGGUUGUUCUGAAUAAACCAGACAUAUGUAGCGAUGAAGAUUCCUCAUCAUGCGAUGAGAACAUCGAAGGUGCUGAUGGUGGCGAGAGUGAAUCACUCGUACAAGUGGAAGCAAGAGCGUUAGAGAAAGAGAUGCUAAUUCGGAUUCAUUGCAAAAAGAAGAAGGGAGUUUUGGUAAAAAUGAUGGGAGAGAUUCAAAGUUUAGAAUUAUUUGUUAUGAAUACGAGUGUGUUACCCUUUGGUGAUUCUAUCCUUGACAUUACUAUCAUUGCUCAGGUUGGUGAAGGGUACAAAUUGAGCAUAAAGGAGCUUGUGAAGAAGCUGCGCAUGGCAGCAAUGAAGUUUAUGUCAUCAUAA